AUGCCGGUGUCACAUUUAACCCUAACUGUCGCCCACCUCCCCACUUCCACAUCCUUUUUUCUCUCCUGUUUACAGCCGCUGGGGUACCAGUUCAUCGGCCGUCAUGACGACUUUAUCGGCUUCGGUCAGAAGUCGGGAGAGCCCGCAGACUUCUGGAUCACCGAGCAAAAACCGGGAGUCCCAGCCGGUGCAGCUCAUGUCGCGUUCCCCGCCCCAUCCAAGGAUGCGGUGGGCACGUUCUUCAUCAAUGCCUUGAAAUCCGGCGCAAAACUGCACGGGGAGCCCAAAACCCGCGACGCCGACUCGGGGUACUACAGUGCAGCCAUCAUCGAUUUCGACGGCAACAGCAUCGAGGCGGUCUACCGGCCCAGCCACUCGUCCGCCCGGUCAGAGAUCAGCCAACCGACACUGGCUCUGCUGGAGGGCGGCUCCGUCGUGUCCAAGGCUAGCAGCCGAGCCAGCACCAUGAAGACGGAAAGCAUUGCUCCCCGGUCCGAGGCCAAAUCCUACAGCUCCAAGGCCAGCACGGCCAUCGACCGGGGCUCACCGUCGGGAGGCUCACGGGACAUGCAGUCGGCCCCGUCCCCAACCUACGUGGUGCACUCGACCACCACGCAGAAGACCGACGAAGGCAAGACAGCCAAGACCAUCGUGGGCUCGCUCAUCGGCGCCGCAGCUGGCGCGGCCCUCGCAUACGCCAUUACCUCCAGCACCUCGGACUCCACCGAGGCCGCCACCACCACUUCCCCGCCGCCGCCGCAAUACUCCCCGCGGGAGUUUCUCCCACAGCUUCUCUCAGCCUCGCAGGCACCCUCACAAGUGUCCGAGCGGCAGGGCUACCGGGCGAUCGAAGCAGGCCCAGCCCGAAGCACCUACUCCCAGUCCGAAGGCCGCCCAUCCCUAGCUCGGAGCGUCAGCUCCAAGAACCCCCGCGCCAGCACCAUCUACGAAGGCACGGAGUUCAUCCCCCGCAGCAGCGGCGGCAGCAUGUACAUGGACAACAACGGCCGUCGCGCCUCGGAAGGCGGCAGCGGCGGCGGCAGCGUCUACAUGGACAACAACGGCCGUCGAGCCUCAGAAGGCAGCGUCUACAGCAGCGACCGCGAGAUCCCCCUGCGCGCAAUCGAGUACCCGCCUCCACUAGACGAGUCCUACGAGGAGGGCUACGACGCAAGCACCCUGAUCAGCAGCUUCCCCGACCAGUCCCGCGCAAUGAUGGACCACGGCAACGGCAGCGUAUACUCGUCCGCCUCGACGAUCAAGCCCUCCAAGGCCAACUCGCACUACUCCGAGCGCCAGCGAUCAUCUCCUCCGUCCUCCCACCACGGCAGCUCCGCCUCCUCCUCGCGCCGCUCCUCCCACCACCACUCCACGCACCGCUCCCCAUCCAGCCACCGCAGCACCCACAGCCACAGCAACCACCGCAGCCGCUCCUCCGAAGCAGGCAGCCACGCCCCCUCCUCAACCUCCACCCGCAGCGCACGCCACGUGCCCCUCCCAGACAACGGCUCCUCAAUCGCCUCCUUCGCAACCUACCGCAGCGGCUCCCACGCCCCACCAUCAAAGGCCCCAUCAUCGAAAUCCUACAUGUCCGCCCGCGACGUGCCCCUCCCAGAAAGCAUGGCCGACCUCGACCUCUACGACAACGACACAGCCGUCACGCCAGACGACUCAAUCAGCCAGAUCGACGAAGGCGGCCGUCGCCCUUCCUACUCCCACCGCUCGCAUACCUCCCGCUCAGGAGGCGGCGGCGGUGGUGGUGGCGGAUCGCGCGUGUCUAAGCAUUCGUCCAGAUUCGACGAGCCCGUCCGUCCAGCCGACAGCGUCAGCCAGAUCUCGGUCAAUCCUAGCCACGUGUCGAAGGCGUCGUCGCAGCGGACUAUGAAAGCCGGUGGCGGGGGGAACUCGAAAGCCGGGUCGAGGUUUGGGGGGACUACCACUGGAGGCAGUCGGAGGGGGAGUCAGGUUGUUUGA